CAGCGCGCUGCCCUGCCGUCUACCGCUCCUGCUUAGCUAGAAUCAGAAGCAGAAUUACCCUCGUGGUUCCUCUGUUGAUUAUACCCUUUGCCUCGUCCAUACGCAUAUUCUCCCCUCGUUCAUCUAGCCUGGAAGCACUUAAUGAAGCCACACUUGACAGUCAUUUGGGAUAACAGAGCAGAAGAAAGGGAACUGCAGGAUGAUUUGUCCUUACUCUGAAGCAACAAAGAAAGAAUAUGUGGAGUGAAUUGUUUUGAAGAAUGCAAUCUAAAAUAAAAGCUUUUUUCAAGCCAUGCAUUUCCACGACCGUCUCCGCUUCUUCAAUCUCCGGCAAUUUGUUCAAUUGUGAGGCUGCACAAUUGGAACGCCCAGAUAUCACCAAUACUUACAAGCGUAGAAGUUUCAAGCCGGGGGAUGGAUCAAAUAGUGAACCACCCCACGAAAUUGCAUCAAGGAGUUCAACUGUGAAAUUUUUUCCUCCUCAAAAUUUGAAUAAGAAAAGAAAUUAUGCUCAAUUUCAUUUGGAAUUGGGUCAGUCUGAUUUUGUGUUGCACACUUGCAAUGUAUGCGGCUUUGAGUAUGCCACUGGUGAAGAAGCUGAUGAGAAGGUUCACCAGAAAAUUCACAAGAAUUACACUCGAGGAAUUCCAUUAAAGGGCUGGCAAAAUGAAAGAAUUAUUCUGACUUCUUCUGAAACUGGACGCAUUAUCUUGGUGUUAAACGACGACCCUUCUCCAUGGAGAAAUAAGGUUCUGGAAGUUGUUAAAAUGAUGGAGAUAGAACUUGGACAUGGGUGGAUAUACCAUCAACAGUGCAAGGUGUAUUUAUUUAUAACCUUUGGAAGAAUUGCUGGCUGUGUGAUAGUAGAACGGAUAAACAGGGCCUACAGAUUUGUGCCUAGUUCAUCAGGAAACGGGUCAAAUAAUUCGGCUAAAACCGAAGUAAGUCGGAAAUCUUCAGUUUUGCAAUUUGGGGGAGUUUGUUUUCAACGGGAAAAAGUAAGAAAAGACCCCUCUAAGGAAAGACUCGAAGGUUCAGAUGAAGGAUUUGGGGUUAUCUUGUGCGAGGAGGAAGCCGUACCUGCUUCAUGUGGCAUUAGAGCCAUUUGGGUCAGUCCUUCCAACAGAAGAAAACAAAUUGCUAGUUAUUUGCUAGAUGCUGCUAGGAUUAGCUGUUGUGAUGGUCUAGUUCUAGAGCGGGCCGAGUUGGCAUUUUCCCAACCAACUUCAACUGGGAAGAAAUUCAUAUCUAGCUAUACAAACAGUUCAUCUUUCCUCCUAUACACCUCUAGUGGCUCAUAAAAUAGAUUUUGUGGUAGCCUAGAUCUAAAGAGGGCUGAGCCGGCGUUUUUUAAACCAACAUUGGAUGGAAGAUAUUCAUAAGCAGCUAGGAGCCUAUGAAGCUAUGUUAACCAUUCAUCUUUUGUUGUGUGCACCUCUAGUGGCUUAUGGCAAGUGCUAUGUAACUCUUAUUUCGUUUCAAGAAGUCUGGAUUACUGCUUAAUCAGUUGAUCCAUCUUUCAUGUUCUUAUAUUUAAAUGUGAUAUAAAACGUAGUAUUUUGAUGAUCAGGGUUUGAUAGACAACAUUUGAUAAAAAACUAAAAUAUGGAAAUCCUUGUACUAAGUAAUAGUAAGAUCGGUGAGUUUUACCUUUAGGUCCCGGUCCCGGUUUCAUUAAGUAUUUUGUUAUCUAAAUGAAAUUAUUGGCAUAACAUUUAUUCAUCUCUUAUAAAUUGUUUAUUCAUCUCU